UGCAGUGACAACUCCAUGCAGUUCGGAACAACAAGGACGGCAACCACCUCCGAAUCGGGUUUCAUGGGGACAUGGCAGCACGCUGAUACUAACCUCUUGUUCAGAAUGUCCCAGCAGAUUCCAGUUCAUUGUUGAGGAGAAGUAUUGGGCACUGAAUAUUGUAAUAACAUUUUGCAGAAUUAUACAAGACUUGAGGCCCAGGCAAUACGCUGCACAUUGGUAAAUUGCACAUGUGAAUGUUUCCAGCCAGGGAAGAUAAACCUGAGAACCUGUGAUCAAUGUAAACAUGGCUGGGUGGCACAUGCUUUGGACAAGCUUAGCACUCAGCAUUUGUACCAUCCAACUCAAGUGGAGAUUGUACAAUCCAACGUUGUGUUCGACAUCAGCAGCUUGAUGCUAUAUGGUACUCAGGCUGUGCCUGUGAGACUGAAGAUUCUGCUUGAUCGACUAUUCAGUGUAUUGAAACAGGAAGAAGUACUGCACAUCCUUCAUGGUUUGGGCUGGACUCUUCGCGACUAUGUUCGGGGUUACAUCCUUCAGGAUGCUGCAGGCAAAGUGCUGGACCGCUGGGCCAUCAUGUCCAGGGAAGAAGAGAUUAUCCUUCAGCAGUUUUUGAGGUUUGGAGAAACCAAAUCCAUCGUGGAGCUGAUGGCAAUUCAAGAAAAAGAAGGGCAAGCCGUUGCUGUUCCAUCUUCAAAGACAGACUCAGACAUACGGACUUUUAUUGAAAGCAAUAAUCGAACCAGGAGCCCAAGUCUCCUUGCUCACUUGGAGAACAGCAACCCUUCCAGCAUUCAUCAUUUCGAAAACAUCCCAAACAGCCUAGCAUUCCUGCUACCAUUUCAAUAUAAUCCAGUCUCCGCUCCACUACUGGGCUUGCCACCGAAUGGGCUCCUGCUGGAACAGCCAACGCUGAGACUGCGUGAGCCAAACCUUUCAACUCAGAAUGAAUUUAAUGAAAGCAGUGAAUCUGAUGUUUCCCCAGCCCCUUUCAAGAACGAGCAGACCUCCAGCAGGAAUGCCUUGACCAGCAUCACCAACGUAGAGCCCAAAAGCGAGCCAACUUCCGUUUCCCCUGUUCAGACUUCGACCCCUGUCAGUGAUUUAUCCAAACCCGAACAUACAAAGAGCUCUUUCAGGAUUCACAGAAUGCGAAGGAUGGGCUCAGCCUCACGGAAAGGAAGGGUCUUUUGCAACGCGUGCGGGAAAACCUUUUAUGACAAGGGAACCCUGAAAAUCCACUACAAUGCAGUCCACCUUAAGAUCAAACAUCGAUGUACAAUUGAAGGUUGCAACAUGGUCUUCAGCUCCCUUAGAAGUCGCAACCGCCACAGUGCUAACCCCAAUCCACGACUUCAUAUGCCCAUGUUAAGAAAUAAUCGAGACAAGGAUCUCAUCCGUGCUACAUCCGGUGCUGCCACUCCUGUUAUAGCAAACAAAUCAAAUCUAACAUUAACGAGUCCGGGGCGACCACAUGGUUUUACCACUCCCCCCUUAGAUCCUGUGUUACAAAAUCCUCUUCCUAACCACCUCGUAUUUCCUGCUUUAAAGACUGUACAGCCGGUUCCUCCUUUUUACAGAAGUUUACUUACGCCUGGGGAGAUGGUGAGCCCUCCCACCUCAUUACCGACUAGUCCAUUGAUGCCCAUAACUGGUACAAUGGAACAGUCUUCUCUUCCUUCAGAAUCAACACUGCCUGCAGGCAUCAUGCCCCUCCAAGAAACAAGUGCUGACCUCGCCCCUAAGAAAAAGCCACGAAAGUCAAGCAUGCCUGUCAAAAUAGAGAAGGAAAUCAUUGACACAGCCGAUGAGUUUGAUUACGAAGAUGAUGAAAUUAAUGAUAACAGAAGCAUAACUCAUGAUGGUGGUCAUGACAAUCAUUGCCAUUCUCAGGAUGAGAUGAGCCCAGGGUUGUCUGUGAAGGACUUCUCAAAAAAUGGGCAAAACAGGUGCAUUUCAAGGACAGAGCUACGAAGGACAGAUAGUAUGACAUCAGAUGACCAAGAGCACGAGAGGGACUAUGAAAAUGAGUCUGAAUCCUCAGAGCCAAAACUGUGUGAGGAAUCCAUGGAAGGGGAUGAACACAUGAUCCAUGAAAGAAGCAGCAAGUCUAUGAUGAACCAUGAAAGACCGGGAAACCACAAUGAUGCUUCCCACCCAGGUGAAAUUAAAGUCAAGGAAGAGUUUACAGACCCUACAUAUGAGAUGUUUUACAUGAGCCAAUAUGCCUUUAUAAUGGAUGGCAGUGCCAGCAUGGCGGCUCUCCAUGAAAGCUUCGCUUCAUCAUUCAGUUAUAACAGCCCACAGAAAUUCUCUCCAGAAGGCGAUUUGUGCUCGAGUCCAGAUCCCAAGAUCUGCUAUGUGUGCAAGAAGAGUUUCAAGAGUUCCUACAGCGUGAAACUCCAUUAUAGGAAUGUUCACUUAAAAGAGAUGCAUGUCUGCACAGUGGCUGGCUGCAAUGCUGCUUUCCUCCGAAGAAGCAGAGACAGGUCAAGAAAUAAAACUGAAAACACAGUGUCCCCAGGCAAUAAAGAUUCUCUCUCUUUUCGCAGACACAGUGCUAAUAUAAAUCUGCACCGUAAACUAUUGACCAAAGAACUGGAUGACAUGGGACUGGAUUCCUCUCAGCCCUCCCUUAGCAAGGACCUCCGUGAUGAAUUCUUGAUGAAGAUCUAUGGUGCUCCACCCCAUUUGGGGUUUGAUCUGCGGGAAGACACCUCCUCCCCAGCAGGUACCGAGGACUCCCACUUGAAUGGAUAUGGACGGGGCAUGUCAGAAGAAUACAUGGUAUUAGACCUGAGCACCACCUCCAGCAUCCAGUCCAGCAGUAGCAUCCAUUCUUCCAGAGAAUCGGAUGCAGGAAGCGACGAGGGCAUCCUUUUGGAUGACAUGGAUGGGGUCAGCGACAGCGAGGAAUCAUCACACAAAACUGAUGCUGCAGCCUUAGGGGUCAGCUUGAGUGCUGGUCCGGGAUCUCUCAUGUUUAACAGCGUUUCCAUGAAUAAUGGGGGUAUCAUGUGCAACAUUUGUCACAAAAUGUACAGCAACAAGGGGACUCUCAGGGUGCAUUACAAGACGGUACACUUACGUGAAAUGCACAGGUGUAAAAUCCCUGGAUGCAACAUGAUGUUUUCCUCGGUCCGCAGCCGAAAUCGGCACAGUCAGAACCCGAAUCUGCAUAAAAACAUUCCCUUCACCUCACUAGAUUAAUCCUGAGAUGGACACUGUCAGUGCCAGCUCAAAAAGUAAGACCUUAUACUUCUUCAAAUUGCCAUUUACAGACUCUUCUAUAAAUAUAUAUAAAUAUAAAUAUAUAAAUAUAUAUCUUUUUUCUUUUUUA